AUGUUCAAAGUAAAGGAUCUAUUGCUUUCGCCGGGAACCUUCGAAGAUCCCAUCUUCAAACCCCAUCUGCGGUGCUUUCGGUGGUAUGGUUAUGUGGCCUCCAAAGAUCAGAAGAGACCUUGGUUCAGUCUCCUGCGCUGCACCGUUUUCACGGCCUCCAUUUGGCUGAGCUGCGCCCUAAUGCUUGCCCGGGUUUUCCGGGGCUACAAAAAUCUCAAUGAUGGGGCCACAAGUUGGGCGACUGCUGUUCAGUAUUUCACUGUUUCCAUCGCCACGCUCAAUGCCUAUGUGCAAAGAAAUAGAGUAAUUUACCUUUUGAGAGAGGCUUACGAGGACAUCCAGAACUUAAUGUUCGUGGCAGAUGAUCAGGAGAUGUCUCUCCUGGUCGCCACGCAGGUUUAUACCCGAACCAUUACCCUGAUCCUGUGGGUUCCAUCGGUCAUUGCUGGUUUUAUAGCCUAUUCGGACUGCAUCUAUAGGACUUGGUUUCUGCCAAAAUCGGUAUUCAAUAUGCCGGCAGUGCGACGAGGUGAGGAGCAGCCCAUUCUGCUGUUCCAACUGUUUCCCUUUGGAGAACUGUGCGAUAACUUCGUGGUCGGGUAUCUGGGACCUUGGUAUGCUCUGGCUUUGGGAAUCACUACGAUUCCAUUGUGGCACACCUUUAUCACGUGCCUCAUGAAGUACGUGAACCUAAAGCUGCAGAUUCUCAACAAACGGGUGGAGGAGAUGGAUAUCACACGCAUAAAUCCGACCUUGGUAGUAGAUCGUCUAUCAGCCAGUGAGCUUACGUACUGGCGAUUGCAACUCUUCAAGGAAUUCGUACGUGAACAGCUGAGAAUUCGGAAAUUUGUCCAGGAGCUUCAGAAUCUAAUUUGCGUCCCGGUUAUGGCAGAUUUCAUUAUUUUCUCGGUUCUCAUGUGCUUUCUCUUUUUUGCCUUGACAGUUGGUGUCCCCAGCAAGAUGGACUACUUCUUCAUGUUUAUUUACCUUUUUGUUAUGGCUGCCAUACUGUGGAUCUACCAUUGGCAUGCCACGCUAAUUGUUGAAUGUCACGAUAAAUUGUCCCUCGCUUACUAUUCGUGCGGAUGGUACAACUUCGAACUGCCUUUGCAGCGCAUGAUGGUCUUUGUGAUGAUGAAUGCCCAACGGCCGAUGACGAUGCGCGCCCUGCUGGUUGAUCUGAAUCUGAGGACCUUCAUAGACAUUGUACGUGGAGCCUACAGCUACUUCAAUCUGCUGCGUAGCACUCACAUGUAA